UAGCUACACGAGAAAAUAAAGGGAUGUUCUUCUGCUUUCAAACCCAGUCCAUUUCUAAAGAGAAAAACUCAGAUACAACUGGUCCCCCUACACUCAACACUCAAAGAGAUUAAUCCCAAAACUGAAAUCUCAUUCCCUCUUUAUUUCCUCUGUAGAGCUUUGUCCAAGCUCUUUUAACGACGAUUUUAGGGUUUUAUUUCCCACAACAAUAUCCAAAAUGCACAAAUUGGGCAGAAGUCAUCGUGGCAAAGUCCAGCAAUUCAUGACAAUAACUGGUGCUAGUGAAAAAGCUUCUCUUCAAGCUUUGAAGGCCAGUGAUUGGCAUCUUGAAGGAGCUUUUGAUUUUUUCUACAGCCAGCCACAAAUUAAAAGUUAUCCUGAUACUAAACAUUUGGAAGAGCUUUAUAACAGAUAUAAAGAUCCCUGCACAGAUAUGAUAUUGGUUGAUGGUAUUACUCUUCUUUGCGACGACCUUCAGGUGGAUCCUCAAGAUAUUGUUAUGUUAGUUCUUUCAUGGCACAUGAAGGCUUCUACCAUGUGUGAAUAUUCCAAACAAGAGUUCUUCACUGGGUUGCAGGUACUAGGGAUAGAUUCUUUGGAGAAGUUUCGUGAGAGGAUAUCAUUCAUGCGCUCUGAACUUAAAGAUGAACAAAAGUUUGGUGAGAUAUAUAACUUUGCAUUUGGCUGGGCAAAAGAAAAGGGUCAGAAAUCUUUGGCAUUGGAUACUGCAAUUGGUAUGUGGCAAUUGUUGUUUGCUGAGAAGCAAUGGCCAUUGGUGGAUCAUUGGUGCCAGUUCUUACAGGCUCGACAUAACAAAGCAAUCUCCAAGGAUACGUGGUCUCAACUUUUGGAGUUCGCUAGGACAAUAGACCCUUCACUAUCAAACUAUGAUGCCGAAGGUGCAUGGCCCUAUCUCAUAGAUGAAUUUGUGGAAUACUUGAACGAAAAUGGCAUCAUUUUGAGUAGCCAGUCAACGACUGAUUGGAGCCAAAAACGAUGAACAACUGCUGCAUGAUUUGUGAGAUUUGUGUUGUGUAAGUCUUUGAUCUUCUGAAAACAAGAUGCAGGGUAUCCUAUGUGGUCUUUAUAUCAAUUUCAAUCGACAAAAUCUACACAUUUUUACUCCAUGGGAUUGUAUUAAACUGAAUUGCAUCACCCAUUAGACAAGCUGAACAGCUGAAAAACAAAGUUUCUGGAAAA